AUGGGCUGGCGGAACGAUGAUCAACGUACCGGUGCCGCUCCGGACAAGAUGGAGGACAGGCCAACUGCCAACGAAUCCGGCCGAGUUGUCACAUUGAUGUCCGAAACAAGCUCCAAGAACAUACAUCCGACCUCCUCCACCGCCCUCCAACCCCUGACUGCCUCGCUGUCUUCGUCCCCGUCUUUGUCUCCGUCUCUGUCCUCGCCAUCUCCUCUACCUUCCCCGAUCCCACCCACUUCGCCAAUCUCCCUACCCGCCAGCAACAGCAGCAGCAACAGCAGCAGCAGCAAGCGUGCACCGACACCCAGCCAAGACGACUCCGAUACCAGCAGCGGCGUCGACAACGACAACGACCUGUCCACCAGGCUCUUCCGAUGGCUGUCCACCGCGACCCCCGACGCUCUCGGUGCCGUCGGUGUCGGCCUGGCUGCGACGACGUACUUUGUCCUCGGACGUGUGGGCCUGGUCCUGAUGGGAGCCUUUGGUGGUGUCGUCCUCUUCGUCGCGUGGGAAGCCCGCAAUCCGAUCGUCUCCCGGGUCGUCCAGGGCGAGACGGGGACGGAUGCGCUCGCCCGCAUCAUCGAGUAUCAUUCACGUGACCUCCACCAGCAGCGCAAUGAGAGUGCUGCCGAGACGACGUCCGAUCCGGUCGCCGAUCCGGUAGCAGCCAUGGCCCUGGCAGCCCCAGACGAACAGGCCCUCAGCCACGCUUUCGACAGCUUCCGCCCCGAGACCCGGCUCGCCAUGAGCGGCCUGGUCGACUCCAUCGUCCUCGAGUACAUCAAGUCGUGGUACGAGCCCAUCGCGCCGGCCGAUCAGUCGUUUGCGCUGUCCUGUCGUCGCGUGCUCACCGCGUUCCUCGUCACGGUCUCCAACCAUCUGAGCCGGAAGCGGCCGGCCGACGCCUUCCUCGACUUCCUCACCAACUCGUCCUCAAUCAUCAUUGUCUUCUUCUCCGAGCUUGCCUCGGCCUUUGCCGAGAUGCCGUCGCAGCAACAGCAGGAAGACGGAUCGGCUUCCUCGAUCAUGGCGGCCGAUGCCAUCCACAACUAUCUGGCGUCGAACCCGGACUCCCAUCUGGCAAACCUGCUGGACAAGGGCCAGCAGACGAGCAAGCUGCGCAUGGUCUCGGACGACCUCCUAGGCUUUCUCGACCGACAGACGUACGAGUUUGCGCCGGCACACACGUUUCUGCGCGAGGUCCUAGCCAGUGCCGUGCUCGAUGCGACGCUGCAGACAUGCUCGAAGCCCGAGUGGAUCAACGGCUGGAUCGUGUAUCUGCUCGAGGCGGGCGAGCCCGACUUCAGCCAGGCGAUCGACGUGGGCAUGCAGACGCGCACAGACAGCUCUGGUUCGGGCGCCGCGACCAGCAAGUCGGCCCUGUACGUCGACCUCGACGGCAACGUAGGCAGCAUCGCGCUGACCAAGGGACACCGGAAGGAGCCGAUGACGCACAAGAAGCAGCUCAGCCGAGCCGACGAGGAGAUGGAAGAGGCCAUUGAGGAGAUGAAGCGCAUGAACCAGAUGAUUGCCGACGAGGAUGCGCGGCGUAAAGACAAGGGUGAUGAGGCAACGACUGAUGAGGCCGGCGAUAGGGCCGGACAGUCAUCGCCGAGCACAUCGUAUCACACGUCGUCCAAGCCAUCGCUGAGCCUCUCGGGAGACGAGUCUGCGCAGGUGGCCGAUGGCCUGUCGACACCGCUGACGCCACGGUCGUCGGCUGGCGAUUCGCCCAACCAGUCUUUGUUUUCCAAGACGGAUGCCAAGACGGAUGCCAAGACGGAUGUCAAGAUAGAUAGGCAGCUCACCCACUUUGAUAUGCUCGUUCCUCCAGCACGCGAUGAGGAGGAGACGAGCGACACGGAGGGCCAGGGCCGCAAGCAGAAGACACCAGCUCCGCCGCUGACUCUGCACAACGCGACAAUAACGAUCCACGACGAGCCGGCGCCGGACAAGGGUCGUCUGAAGAGCAAGCCGGCAUGGGACUUUCUGGUGCAGAUCGAGCCGGCCAACUCGCACUACCCGGGAUGGAUGAUUGUGCGCAAGUACGGCGACUUUGAGAAGCUGCACGAGGUGAUGCGUCGAAUUGCAGCGGUCUCGGGAGCGACAGCGUUCACAGAGCAGCACAACGCGCUGCCGAGCUGGAAGAUGCACACGCGAGCGUCGCUGCGAGGCGAGCUGGAGCGGUAUGUGCGGGACGCCUGCUGGUUCCAGCCGCUGGCCGAGAGCGAGGGCCUGAAGCGCUUCCUGGAGAAGGACGUCAACAACAUGCCAGCGAGCAAGACGGGGUUGCAGGCGUUUGAGAGCAUGGGCAAGAACAUGCUGGACGCGCUGACGAAUGCGCCCAAGGGCAUGGCCGAGAGCAGCAAGGUGAUGGUGGGCGGCAUAAGUGGAGCGCUGGGCAACAUUGGCAGCAUCGCGUUGGGAGGCGCGCUGCAGAAGAGGCAGAGCAGCACGCCGUCGCUGACGGGCGGAGCAUCUGUCCAGACGAGCAGCAACGAGACGACGAACGCAGCCGACAGCAGCAGCAGCACAAGCAGCAGCACCAUUCCAGCGACGACACCAACGAGCUCAGUACUGCAAGACGUGACAGCAUACACGAACCGGCUGUCGAUCUCGACGCCGCCACGACGGUCACGCGACAGCAUGGACAGCCAGCGAUCGUCGGUGUCGACGCAGCCAAGCCGGCUGGUGCCACUGGAGAAGCGCCACAGCUCCCAGGCCAGUAUUGGGGCUGACGGCGACUCGACGCGCGGCCGUUCUGACAUCUGGAGCAGCGAGCAGCCGGCGCCGCCACCAGCCAGCAAUCGCGGAAGCCGGGCGUCGUCGCUGAUCGGCCGGCCGGCCCGGUCGCCGUCGGCGACGAGUCUGGGCGGUGGCCGACGUCUGUCGUUUCUGCCGACAGCCGUGACCGAUGCUGCGGCUGCUUUUGCUGCCGGUGCGGCUGCAGCGGCCGGUGCUGCUAGCGAAGACCUCUUUGGGACACUGUCGCCAGUGAGCUCGCCGGCGCGUCAGGGUCGGUCUAUAGCAGCCGAGGGACGACCCCAGACGCAGGUCCAGACGCUCUCGCAGACGAUCGCCCAGACACUCUCGCAGACGCAGACGCAGACGCAGACGCAGACACAGACGCAGACACAGACGCAGCCACAGAUGCCGACAGCACAGACGAUGCCGAACACGCCCAACACACCCAACACGCCCAAUCUGCCCAGUCUGCCCAACACGCCGCCGCCGUGGAAGCCGGCACCCCCGCCGACAUCCUAUACGAAGCAGUAUGCGGGCAUUAGCGAGAGCGAGACGCGGGUGGCGGUGGAGCUGCUGUUUGCGGUGAUCAACGAGCUGUACACGCUGUCGUCGGCCUGGAACAUCCGGCGCACGCUCCUGGCGGCAGCCAAGUCGUUUCUGCUGCGGCCCGGCAACCCGUCACUGACAUCCAUUCAGGCACUGCUGCAGGCAUCAGUGCUCGACAGCACGACGUCUGAUGGCGGCCUGGCGGCCCAGCUGCAGCGCCUGCGGGCGGCCGCCGUCCCAACCGAGGCCGACCGUGCUGCUGCGCCACCGCCGCUGACGGCCGACGACCGCGAGAAGCUGCGCCGCAAGGCCCGCCGACUGCUGAUCCAGAGUGGCGUGCCGGCGGCCCUGAUGGGCGUCAUGGGCCAGACAGCCACGGCCGACGCCCUCGGCCGGGUCUUUGACUGCCUGCAGAUCGAGGAGGUCGCGCGCGGCCUGCUAUUUGGGAUCCUGCUGCAGGCGGCACGCAUCGUGACGCACUGA